CUAAACGCAAAAAGCCCCGUGGAAAGACACGACGCGCUCCCUGAUACGCUGCCGCUCCGCGGGGCUGAACUGGAAACGCUCUCCAUCCACGACUGCAGAUCCAGCAGCACUCUCCGAACGCGCACACGCCGAAGAUGACUGCGAAAAACCGGCAGAAGAGCAGCGAGAAGAGCGCUGCGCCCGGCCAAGAGGACGCGGCCAAGAAAAGCCCAAAGAGCAGCACCAACGGGAUGAGCGGCCCCGGACCCCAGGGGGCCAAAUCAGGCAGCUGCCUGGGGCUUGUUGCAACCACAGUGUUUUACAUCGCGAUGUUAGGCGCUGCAGGCUUCGCAGCUUUUUAUUUACAGCAAGUUGUGGAGGAGAUCCGCCAGACAAACUCAAGGAACGAGGAGAGCGCACGGCAAAACGCAGAGCUGAGCAGCAAAAUGGAGAAUGCAGUGCAACAGGUGGAGUCUCUGAGGAGUGUUGUGGACGGCCUGGAGUCAUCGCUGGGCAUCACAAGGGGGGAGCUGGAGGCGGCUGUGACCCGGAUGAAGAGGGGGGAGGUGGAGACCAGGAGGGUGGAGGAGGCACUCCAGAAGCUCCAGAACAAUCUACUCAACGAGCUUUCCGAGGGUAUCAAAGAGGUGAAGGAGAGCCGAGAGAAGGACUUCUCCUCUCUGGAGAAGGCCGUGGAGGAGCGCUUGGCCGAGGUCAGUCAGUCCAUUGCGGCCAGCGUGGCGGAGUUCACCGGAGCUCAGGGCCAAGCGCAGAGCCAGCUGGCGGAGCUCAAAGCCCGGCUGAGCGACAUGGAGGACCCCGCUCUCAUCAAGCGGGAGCUGUCGGCCAUCGUCGAUGCCGUGGCCGAGACCAAAACGGCCCAAAAGCAGGAUGGCGCCCAGGUGGACUCGCUCCGGGAGCAGAUCGGCACGGUGAGGCAGGAGCUUCAGACCCGCAACCAGGAAGUGGCCUCUCUGUCGGGGGAGGUGGAAACGGUGAGAAAGGUGGUGCACGACACCAACGACGGUCUGAGGAAGAUGGCGUCUGCCGCCGAGGCCCAAGUUCUGGAUCUGACAGACCAGACCCAGUCCCUGCAGAGCGGCCUGGAGCAGGUCACCGCCAGCGUCCGAGGCCUGGAGGAGAGGGUCCAGGCCGCGGACGACAAGGCUCAGGCCAGAUCCGAAGACCUGGAAGCCAGAGUCAAAGCGGCGGAGGAGAGCGGCGAUUCGGCGUCGGCGUCGCUGGCCGACAUCACCACAAGAGUCGAGGCCCUGUCCGCCAAAGUGGACGCGCAGGAGAGCGGCCUCGCCGCGCUGGGCGAGUCGGUGGCCAGAGACAAAGCCGGCCUGAGGCAGGAGCUGGAGGCGGUGAGGAGCAGCCUGGAAGCGCUCCGGUCCAACACGGCCCAGAGCGAAGGAGCCUCCAACGAGGCGGGGGGUCUGGAGAAGAGGCUGGCGGCUCUGGAGGAGCGCAGCAGCCGGCUGGAGCCCGAGCAGCUGGACAGCCUGAGGGCCGUGGUCGAUGGACUGGAGAGCAAAGCCACCAAGCUGGAAGGCCACGAUCAGGCCAUCUCCUCCCUGCAGGAAGCUCUGCAGCAGACCACAGAGACGCUCGCCGCCUUAACUCAAGACAAGAGGGACCAGAGGGGCGCUUAGUCCGGCAGCUUGACCUCAGGAAACCAAAGCACCCAACUUCAGGGACAGUAAUGAAUCCAAAUGUGUGACCAAACCCCACUUUUUUCCCUAUUUUUAUGAAGUUGUUUUUUUUCUCUCUCAAACUUGAUAGUUGAUGUCACUUUGUUGCACGCCUCGGUAACAAAAGGGGGGACGGGGAAGCACGAGUAGCAGAGCUGGACAGUUGAUCUGUGAAUACAAAUCUCCACUCAUUCUGCACUGUAGUUUCGCAACAAUGUUUUUAUUGUUUUUCUUUUUAGACUUUAAGAAGUUUUGAUACUGAGGCUGUUUUUCUGAGAACUUCCAAAUGCAAAAAAAAGGCUCAUUUUGAGCACUUCUUUGUUUACUCACUACAUGAUGUAGUUUCUUUUUCUUUGUUUUUUUAGGAGAAUAAAUACAAAUUAAAAUCUCGA